UUGAAUACACUAGACACGAGGAUCGAUGGUCGAUGAAGCAUGACUUACCAAGUUGAGCAUACAUCUCAUACACGACGCCGACACCCGUAGACCUUUCCUAUCCCACUGACUACAUAUCCUCUAGUGUCUUGUUGUUCAAUCGAGGGUGUGUGGUGAUUUGCCAUUGUUCCUCACCGAAAACCACUGAUUCUUGGCCAUAUCAGCCACUUGACGCUUCCCAGUUCGUACGACGGCAGCGAUCCCAGCGAUGGAUCCAAUGGCAACAGUGGCUUCCGAAGCUAUAUCAGCCCCGUCUUCUGCUGAAGGGACGAAGCCUGACGCACCGAAUGACAGCCAAGGGUCCCCACCCAACAUCAUUAUCACGGUCGCCGCCGCCCCGUUUGAUAACUCUUUUGCAGAUGCAGAUGCGAUCCUACGGUCUGCAGACGGAGCGAAUUUCUAUGUGCACAAGAACAUACUGCGGAUCGCGUCUGCGUUCUUCGCGGACAUGUUCUCGUUACCGCAACCACCACAAGCUGCUUCCCCGGUCGACGGCGACACAGCGACAGACGCGAGCAGUCAUUCCGCUAAUACGUUGCCUGUCAUCCCUGUUUCGGAGGAUCGGCAGUCUUUCGACAAACUCCUGCGUAUGUGCUAUCCAGUCGAGAAACCCACAUUCGCCAGUGUACAGGAGAUAUCCCCUAUCAUCGAGGGAGCACUCAAAUACCAGAUGCGGGAGGCGACAUCAGCCUUAACGAAGGAGCUGAUAAUCUUCUCUGACAGUCACCCUCUAGACGUGUACGCUGAAGCAUGUAGAAGAGGCUUGGAAGAGGUCGUUAGUCGGGCCGCUGCAGCCUUCGCUGCCCCACUUAUCAAAAUUAAGAAGAUCCGCUACGAUACGCCAGCGUAUGCCAUUGACGCGUUCACGCCGCACAUGGAGAAUAUCUCGGCCGCUUCGUAUUUUCAUCUCUUGGAGUACCACAGCACGCGCAGCGCUGAUUCCCUGGCAGCGAAACAUAGCCCUAACACGACGGAAGACGGCACUACGUCCCGUCCCGUACCUUCGCAUCCAUUUGAUGACCCAGCUCCUGCCGACACCAUCAUCCGGUCUUCAGAUGGUAUUGAUUUCUAUGUUCUUCGCUAUCUCGUCGGUUUCUCCUCUCCCGUAUUGGCAUCCAUGCUUUCCGGAGAGGGCAGCUCUAAUCCAGGCGCACCCGCCACUAGCCCACUGCGAAAUCGCCUCAUUGACCUCCCCGAGGACGGCCGUACUCUCGCGCUUCUGUUUCAGCUCUGCUAUCCUAUGCCGGACCCCGAGGUCCAGGAUGGGUCAGCUGACGAGAAACUGUGCGGUGCUUGCCGUCUUCUUGAAGCAGCGAAGAAGUACGAGGUCGCAAGGGCAGCGGUAUUCGCGAAACGGGAGUGCGUCGCGGCUGUUGCUGCGUAUCCCGUCCGAUUGUACUUCGUGGCGUCGAGGUACGGGUGGGAGGAUGUGAUGAAAGACGCAGCCUGGCGCUCUGUGUACGAGACAUCGGAUCAGUACGUCCGGGAGAUGGCGACAGCAUCCGCAGCAGCCUAUCGUCGAUUGCUCGGCGCGAAGUCUGCGCAGAGGGAGGGCGAGGACGCGCCCAGUUCGUACUGGAGUAGAGACAGUUGGUUGGAUGCCAUUCACAGAUUUGUCCGGGAAGAAGCUGCAGCGGGACGCGAGCCACGCCUUCAGCCAGAUGCGGUCCUUCCUCGGUCUAUAAUUCCAAGUGACCACACAAGCCCUGAGGUGACGUGUAGCACUGAUGCCUUCGGCACUCCGGCCGUCAAACAAGGAGGCCGAGGACUCUCUGUCAACCGCACCAGGCAGCUGCACUCCACUAUCAGUAGCUCGCCAGCCCCGAGUCCAAACUCCUGGACAGUGAGCAGACAGAUAGUGAUAGAUAUCGCAAAUGCACUCGCCAAGAUUGAGUUGUGAAGUUGAGGCUUCGAGCAUAUGAUGGGACUAAUAUAACCUGCGGCCGUAGUAAGGGAGACUGUUGUACUCUUGCAAGUUGUGGCUAACUGCGGAAGUCGUAUGAGA